CACAACUAGAUACGCCGUCAUUUAAACUGCAUUCAGCACUUUGAACGAAACAGGAUUUGAAAAUAAAAAUAAAGGAUGAAUAGAUUUGCUGUUCUUUUUGUGGUGGCUUUAGCAGCCACUGGAGCUUUAGCCCAAGCUCCCCAACAAUCUGCCACCGAUUUGGCUUUUGACAUGUAUCAUUCAUGUCUUAAGGAUUUCAGCACCAGCUGUGUGCAACCUAAAGCCAUGAGAUGGUUCAACGAAGCUUUGAGACAAGAUGAAAUUUCCAUUACUGAUAAAUUGUCAAUUGUACGUACGGGCAAAAUUGUUGAGGGUACACAACAACGUGCCAUGGAUUCUCAGGAAAGAAUGUUCCAAGAAAUCGAUAACUUCUUGGCCACACAUGCUUUGCGCAUUAAGGCUCCCGAAUACUUCCAAUCUGCUGAGGCACGUGCCAUGGUUCCUGGUUUCUUGUUGAACAAUGCUUUGACUAAAGGUGCUGUUGUACCUUUGGCUGAACGUGAACAAGGUCGUGGUUUUAUGCGCAAAGCUGUAUUACCCUUCUUGAUUGGUCUUAAAUUGAAGACAGCUGUUUUGGUGCCACUUGCUCUUGCCUUGAUUGCUUUGAAAACCUGGAAAGCCAUGACUUUGGGUCUGCUCUCUUUGGUUUUAUCUGGUGCUUUGGUGGUUUUCAAAAUUGCCAAACCCAAGAUUGUUAACUACGAAGUCGUUCACUAUCCUCAUCACGAACACAUCGAACAUAUUGUACCCCAUCAUGUUGAACACAUUGUUCCCCACCACAUCGAACACAUUGUACCCCAUCAUUUCGAUCAUCAUGUGGAUCACCAUGUCGAUCAUCAUUUGGAUCAUCACUUGGACCAUCAUUUGGAAAUUCCUCAUCAUGUUGAGCAUAUUGAACAUUUGGAACAUGCUGCCCCUGCUUGGGAUCCUCAUGGCUGGGCCCGUUCCUCCUCCCAAGAGAAUCAUGGCGAUGCUCAAGAUAUGGCUUUUGCUGGUCAGAACAGACGUUAAACGACU